AUGUCUUACAUUAGUAAAAUACACCAAGUUCCUUUAUUAGUACAACCCGCUUUAACUUGUCAAAAUAAUAUUGUAAAAUAUAUUGUAACAAUUCUUUUGAUUUUGGUGAUAUGGCUUGUCAUGAAAUACGUACUUUUGAUUAUGACAACAUUUCAAGAAUCUGAAUCGGAAGAAUUAUUAGAUGACAGCAAUGGUCCUGAUGGUAUAGAAAACUUUAAUCAAUUUGAUCAAAUGGAAGAAAUUACUUCUAGCCUCUCCACUGAUUACGCUUAUAACCACCAAUACAUUAAUCGUGCCAAUCAUUUUAAUUAUGUCGAUAAUAAUGAAAUUGUGGAAUUAUUUGGUACAGAAUCUGAUGUGGAUACAAGUGUAUCUGAUACUGAAAAUUUUUAUGAUACGGGCAUGGAAUCUGAUAAUGACACAAUAAUGUCUGAUACUGAAUAUGAAGAUUUUUAUGAUACGGACACGGAAUCUGAUAACGAUACAGUAAUGUCCGAUAUUGAGGACUUUGAUGAUUUAAAUUAUGGCGCAGAAGCAUCUGACCAUACGAUAAUAACUGAUUGUGAUGAUGUCAAUGAUGCAAAGUCAUAUAAUUAUUCAUUGACAUAUUUGCAUGCACUAUAUAAUGGUUAUAAGGUAAAACCUGAUAGACCAUUUAGAAGACGACGACAUUGUUCAAGAAAUAACAAACAAGCAUCAUCACUUGAUCAACAACAGCCUGUAUUUUUACCGAUUUCUCGUAUUUUUGACAUUUUCCAAAGGAACAGAGUAAAGUCACCGGAUGAUGGUGUUCCUUGUAGAUACAUAAUGAAUCAAAACGGAGUGCCGUUUAAAUUGAAAUUAACAGACAAAGAUGCAGAAAUGGCUAGAUGUGCAGCAUUGGAUAAUUAUGAACGGUAUCGUCCGAGAAUCGGAUCGCCGUUGUCAACAGAGAGAACUAUCGAAUUUAAUGCUGGUAAUGAAGUAAAUGUUACUUCUUUGAGGUUCCUACAGUCACCUGGUCCAAACACCAACAAAAAAGGCGCAGAGCCUCAAACUAGCAUAAUCAAGGCUGUUAAUAAUCGUAAUAAUCGAUGUAAAAAUAAACAAAAAUAUAAAAUGGUUUCCUAA